AAAGACCUGCAGAACUGAGUAUAUUAAUGGCUCCUGAAAACCUAAGGCAAGUUCUGGUGGAAAUUCCAAACCCUCAGCCCAAGAUUGUUGUCCAUCUUCGCAGGUCUUACGAAGAAAUUUUGAACUCUACAAGAUCACAAAUGCAGUUAACAGCACUUCAUGCCAAUCUUCCUCCAACGUCUUUUCUGAGAAGAGAGAAUGACCCAACAGCACAAGAUAUUUCUGAAGUCUCGUCGCUCAUGAAAAGAAAGUUUGGAGCUAGAAGAAGAAUGUGUUCAUCAACUUUCAUCAGUGAUAAAAAUCCUUCGGAAAAUAGCAGUGAGAAAGAAUCACCUUUCAAGAAACAGCGACUACAUUUUAAGCCAGGUGGAAACUUACAAGUCAAACUAAAAGAUUUGCUAUCAUCUCAGCUAGUGCAGACUCUGUUGCGCCAAUAUCCAGCAAUUGAUGAUGAGGACGUGAAAUUGGUUCUUCCAUCAUUGAUCUUGAAAUGUGCUCAGAAACAGCUGGAGAUAAUCAAAAGCAAUGUCUUUCGUUCUAUACCACGAUGGCGCUUGGGUUCCAACAGAGAUGCAUACUGCUAUCGUAAAGCACGUAAUCAUCUUCAGGUUUUCAAGAGAACAUGCUUGGAACAAGGGAAGCUAUUAUUGCAAGCAGGAUGCUGGGAAACUUCAUUAAACUACAUGCUGAUUGCGUGGCAGUAUACCAGUGAACUUCCUCACUGGGAUAAUAGCUUCCAUAAUGAAAGUACACAACAGUGUUUUACAGUUUUAGCAGCUCAGGGCACAACUGCCUUACAAAGAAGCUCUCUGGAGCUAGAGAAAUAUAAACAACUUAGGAAAAGACUGAAAAUUGCAUAUACGCAAAACAAACUGAUCAAACCCUGCCUUGAAGAAUUGGAUAGUAUGAUUGUAGACCUGGAAUGCAGUUCUUCAGAACAUAAUCCAUCUUACCUAAAUGCUUGAAAUGUGACAUAUAGCUUGUCCGUAGUCAGAAAAUCCUAUGGCUUGAGAGGAAAAUGGUGGCUCCAUUCCAUUUUGGUUUGUUGCAGAAAGUUUAGAUUUACUCUCAGAUCUGUUUGCUCAGAAUGCUAUGUCCAGAUCAGAGUAUUUCUACUUUUCGUUUGAAUGGAUACAACACAACAAUAUGGAAAAUUGGAAUUAAUGGGAGAUUUCUGUGGAGUUUGAACAAAUGAUGGAUUUUCUGGAGGAAAUUUUUUUUUACUUGUUUUGGAAAGUUAAAACUGGAGCAGGUAGACUGUGUCCUCUAAUUCAAGUUGUUCACUGUCUAUAAAAUAUAAGUAAGAAUAGCUUAUGAAUUUUAACCUCAAAAUGGAAAUUGCAGUUUUGUCAUGACAGUAGGAUCUUGUGGAGGUUUGUGUGAAUUUUAGUACUCAUCUUCUUGGAUAUUUCUGAAUGGACUUUUUCAAUGGAAAUUUGACAGUAUUAAAUAGUGAUUUUUAAAAUGCAGAUUGUAUUUGCAAAUAAUUUUGUUAAUCUUAUUUAACUCCCUUUUUGUGGAAGAAAAUGACAAUUUGUAAAUUAGAACGUGCAAGUAGAAUGUAUAGUACAAGUUUGGUGUAAUGGCAAUAUUAGUAAUCUAAUAAUGACAAUUGCACUUUAACCUUUGACUAAGUAUUGUUUUAAUGUAGUUUUUCUGGUAAUACACCAAAAAAGUUAUUCAUUUUGGCCAGAGUUGGGAAUAUUUUUCAUAUGUGUAUAAAAAUACUAUUUUCUUUAAAUUAUCUAUGGAUUUCAUAUGUGUAAGUUUACCUAGUUCUGAGCCAAUGUAAUACUGUAAGUUGAUAUUCUUAUUGAAACACUGAAAUGCAAUGUAUCUAAUUGGGGGGAGGGGAGAAUCAUCUGUUAUUGUAAAUGAGUGAUGUGAUGUUUUUAAGAGUUUUCCAAAUAAAGUAAGU